UAGGAUUUUACUAUAUUUACCGAAUAAUCAUAUUCGGAUUUACUGGUAUUGGGCCUAGAAAUCACGUUGAGUAAUUUCUUCGUAAACCAACAUAAAUUUUACUUGAUAUGAACAAGCAAGGGGUAAAAUUCACGAUUCAACAUAUGUUAGGCCGACAAAGAAAAAUAAAAUGAUAUUGGAUAUAAUGAUAAUUGGUUGGUUUUAGAAGCAUGAGAUUUUGGGCAUUGCUGGCUUAGAUUUGAAAUAAUAAAUAGUAUAAUAAAUUCGGACAUUUAUUUCGUUCGCAUCCCAACUUCCUUUUUCCCUUCUGUUCCUGCAGAGUUUUCCUUUCACAGAUAUAUAUACACACACACACAUAUAUAUAUAUAUAUAUAUAUAUAUAUAUAUAUCCACCCGUGUGCUCUCAUUACUGCACACCCCCCACCCCCGUGCAGCGCUAGCCAUGUUCGUUUUCACUCUCAUCCUCUCCCUCCUCUCCCUAACCAUCUUCGUCCUCCUCCGCAGCCGCGCGCGGCGGCGGGGGCGGCUGCCGCCGGGGAAUCUGGGGCUCCCCUUCAUCGGGGAGACGCUCCAGCUGAUCUCCGCCUACAAGACGGAGAAUCCGGAGCCGUUCAUCGACGACCGGGUGGCGCGAUACGGGUCGGUGUUCACGACCCACCUGUUCGGCGAGCCGACCGUGUUCUCGGCCGACCCGGAGGCGAACCGGCUGAUCCUGCAGAACGAGGGCCGGCUCUUCGAGUCGAGCUACCCCGGUUCGAUAUCGAAUCUGCUGGGCCGGCACUCGCUGCUGCUGAUGAGGGGCAGCCUGCACAAGCGGAUGCACUCGCUCACCAUGAGCUUCGCCAACUCGGCCAUCAUCCGCGAUCACCUCCUCCUCGACAUAGACCGCCUCGUCCGGCUCAACAUGGACGCCUGGACCGCCCGGGUUCUCCUCAUGGAGGAGGCCAAGAAGAUAACUUUUCAGUUAACAGUGAAGCAGCUGAUGAGCUUUGAUCCGUGUGAAUGGACUGAGAAUCUCAUGAAAGAGUACAUGCUAGUUAUUGAAGGCUUUUUCACCAUCCCUCUCCCCAUUUUUUCCACCACAUAUCGAAGAGCUAUUCAAGCUCGGGGAAAGGUGGCGGAGGCGUUGAGUUUGGUGGUUCGGGAGAGGAGGAGAGAGACUGAAAGAGGAGAGACGUCGAAGAACGAUAUGCUGGCGGCGCUGCUGGAUGAGCAAGGCGGCGGCGGCGGCUUCUCCGAUGAGGAAAUAGUGGAUUUUAUGCUGGCUUUGCUGGUGGCUGGCUAUGAAACCACAUCCACCAUCAUGACUCUCGCCGUUAAAUUCCUCACCGAGACCCCUCUUGCCUUGGCUCAGCUCAAGGAUGAGCAUGAAGAAAUCAGGGUAAAAAGGGGAGAAAAUGAAGCUCUUCAAUGGGAAGAUUACAAGUCCAUGUCUUUCACUCAAUGUGUUGUAAAUGAAACUCUUCGAGUAGCUAACAUAAUCAGUGGGGUGUUUAGACGAGCAAUAACCGAUGUCACUAUCAAAGAAGGUUAUACAAUUCCCAAGGGAUGGAAGGUCUUUGCCUCAUUGCGAGGGGUACACAUGGAUCAUCAUCACUUCAAAGAUGCUCGAAUUUUCAAUCCGUGGAGGUGGCAGAAUAGUUCGGGAGCAACUAGCACGAUAAGCACGUUCAACCCCUUCGGAGGCGGGCCCAGACGUUGCCCGGGAGCCGAGCUAGCUAGGGUUGAGCUCUCGGUUUUUCUUCAUCGAUUAGUCACUCAAUUUAGUUGGGAGGCGGCGGAACAAGACAAGCUAGUUUUCUUCCCAACGACGAGAACUCAAAAGAGGUAUCCCAUAAGUAUUCGAAGGCUAAAACGAGGCGAGGCCGAGGGAGAGAGCUAGCUUUCUACCCAAUACUUCAAAUUUGUAGUAAGUCAAAUAAAAACUUAAUUGCUGCUAAUAGAUUCAUUGCCAUAAACUACAGAUGUAAAUUGUUCUAAAUUAAAUUUUCCUAGCAUCAAUAUAAUAUUAUUUAGCUUUGGGGGAGAGGUAAGAAGCCCUCCCUUCCCCA